AUGGCUUCAGAUGGGAAGAAAAGCGAUGAUAUGGAUUCGCUGUUUGACGGGAUGGUACUGUUUAACCCUGCUGCCGAUAUUGAAAUUGGAGUUGAAGCAGAGGUCCGACAAGACAAUUACAAUGGUAGUGAUGCGCUGACAACAUCGCAGCCCCUUGACGAGAAUCUCUUCUCCGACCUCACGCUUGUGGUGGAUCCCCUCCAAAGGUUUCUGAAAAGGGAUUUAGGAUUUAAUAAAACUGAAUUUGGGAUUCAAUCAAUUUUGCAGGUUACAAGAAAGUGUUUCGUGAUAAAGGAGAUGAAGCGAGGAGCUUCGUUUCGCGGUGAUGCUCUUGGUGACGCUGUGAUUUUGGAGUUUUUACACUACAAGUUUCGAGAUUUGACGGUGGUUCUAAUGAAACUCACGAUGCUUUUCCUUCCGGUGGCGAGGUGGUGGAGGAGACGAGCAUCGCUAGCAGUGAUGGAGCUAAUACAUUUUUUUUUACAGAUCCAUUUUGUGCUUCUUAUCAGUCGACAAGGAAAAGUAAGACUCACAAAAUGGUAUUCACCAUACUCUCAAAAGGAGAGAUCCAAGAUAAUUAGAGAAUUAUGUGGAUUAAUUAUCUCUAGAGCUCCGAAACUGUGCAACUUUGUGGAGUGGAAGGGAUUCAAAGUUGUUUAUAAAAGAUAUGCUAGUCUUUACUUCUGCAUUUGCAAUGAUGAAGAAGACAACGAAUUAGAGACCUUGGCCAUUAUUCAUCACUUUGUCGAAACAUUAGAUCGUUAUUUUGGCAGUGUUUGUGAGCUGGAUUUGAUUUUUAAUUUUCAUAAGGCAUAUUUUAUAUUGGACGAAAUUUUGAUAGCUGGAGCCAUGCAGGAGACUAGCAAGAGAACAACUUUGAGACUGAUAACUGCACAAGAGGAUUUGGUAGAAGUUGCUAAAAUGGAAGCAAGUUCAUUGAGCAAUAUAAUCGCCCAGGCUACAAAGUAA